GGCCUGUUCUGCUGUGCACACACUGAAAAUGAUCUCAGCUGAUCAGCUGUUUAAGAAACACAAAUAUAUUUUAGUUUAAAAGCCGGCAUACAAUGUGCACAAUUGUGAAGAAUUUCAGCAGCUUAAUAUAAAUAGGGGUGUACUUUUAGCAGCAAAGAAGCAAGUCGACAUAUGGAAAUAUCCGUAGCUGAUGCAACAUAUAUUGUCCUGUAAGGACUUUUACACAAGAAAUGCAAAAGGACUUCGCAGGACCUCAAAGAAUUGUGUUAAAUUGCAACAUGUAUUCCCUGCGCAUUUUCUCUACAUUUCCCUGAAAAAGCUUUAAACGUGCACUUUACGUAUUUUAUCAGCGCUCGGCGACCUGACUUUUAAACCGGCGACGACUUCCCGGCUGCUGCGUCUUAUCGCCGGCCAAUAAAUGUGCAUCAAUGCGCCCACGACAGGACACAUAGCGAGGAGGGGCGGUGGAGCAAGGAGCGGCAGCCGCAGAAACAGAAACAAUAACAAUCGCAAAGCCGCAGGACUCGACCACAACAAGCCACAAUCGGCAAUCAUCAACACUGGCGCGCCGCAGACCGAGCAGACCGAACAGAAGGGGUCAGGGCGCAGGGCUCAGAGGUCGGAGCUUGGAGUUUGGAGGAGAAGGCGCUCUCUGACGGCGCCAGUUGCAUUUUGACAACGACAACGAACCAAAAACACCCGCGCACAGGCCAUGGCAGCCCAACGACGGCCCCGCUCCCCGGGAGUGGGGCAAAAACUGAAGCUACAGCCACAGUGGAUGGCCAAGAAUCUGCACGCCCUGCUGGAUCUGCCCGCGGCGAUGGAACUGCGCCAAAUUGAGUUGAUCUAUCGGGCGGAGGGUAAUGCAAAUUUGGUGCUCGCCCUGCCGCAAUUUAAAAAAGUUUUACGUUUGCCAAAAAUGAUAUCCAGCAGACUGCGCCAGGCGGUGCACCAGCGGCCUGAGCUGGCGGAUGAGGUUGCCCGGCCGGAAGGGCAGCGUGUCGCAUCGGAAAAAGCUGGGACUGAAAGAGCUGGCGACUUGACAAUGCCGGAUUUUAUGGCUUAUAUCGGGAUAAUGCGCCGUCUAUUAGGAAAUGAGUUUGUCUGCGGAGCGGAUAUUGUUGCCAUACCAAAGGAAGACGAUAGAUUCUGGAUAAAUGAGCACAUACGCGACCAAAGACCGGUUUCGCGUCUGGAUAAGGAAUUUGUGGGGCCAUUCGGCCUGCUGCUGCCAGAUGUGACCCAAUUGCCUGCCACGUUCGAUGUUUUACUUGCCCAUUUACAGGCAAAGGGCAAAACAGGAGAUGAAACCGGAGCAGCAGCGGGAGGAGAGGGAAGCACGAGAAACAGGAGCGCUGUCCGUCGUCUGGGCGAUACAUAUGCCAUCGAAAUAAAACCCAAACAAGGCUGGCUCCAGUUGGCAAGUGAUGUCAACGAUUUAUUUGAUUUAAUGCCAUCGGGGGCAGCGACAAAGCCAAAGGACACGCCCCACAAUCAGGCGGAGAAGGACAAGUGCUGGUGUCGCUUUUGCAGCAUGCAACUGCUGAAGCUGCACAAUGGGAAAAUCAAACGUUUGGGCCACUACUGUCCGCUGGAUCUAUUCUCUGGUACACCCAGUCGUAUGCUCGAUGCCUUGGAUGCACUUCUCGCCUGCCCGCAAAAUAAUUUACGUGUGUUUCAGAACAGCAAUUUAAUUUAUGGCGAUCACGCGAAUUCGAUUUCCUUCGAUGAAUUGAGCUCGCGUGUCUUUCCCGGUGAAAUUAUGGUGCUUAUAAAACAUUUGCUGGUGGCCUGCCUGCUAAGGGAAUACGAGGAUCCGGAAUCCAAACGAGCAGAGAGCUCCAAUCAGAGCCAGAAGCAGCCGGAGCCGGAGCCGGAGCAGGAGCAGGAGCAGCUGAAUCAGAGUCGCGUUUCGAUUGCGGCGAAGGAGACAAAGGUUGGAGCUGCUGGAAUUGGCGCCGCUAAUGUUGUCCUGCCACGCGGAGGCAGGGCGGCCGCCCCUGUUGUCACUGCCGCUCAAUUUUCGACGAGGACAAGAGCAGCUGCUGCAACUGCCACGACCCAAAGGUACACAAAAGUGGCCAGAAUGGAAACAACAAUAACUGGACCGGCAGCCACCUCGGUGGCAGGGGCAGCAUCGGGCAGCCAACUGUCCGGCAAUGUGUUGGCAACGGCAAUGGCAAUGGCAACUGCAGCUCGAACGGAAACAAAAACGGAACCGGAAACUCGGGCUGAGGCUGCUAGUACGACAAGUCGCAACGUGAAUCAGAAUGAAUGCCAAAAACUGAAUCGGAAUGAGCCUGCGAAUCAAACUCAAGCACAAGACAACAAAGCGGAAAUAUUUCGCUUACCAAAAAAUUGUGUGCUGCAAAAAAUUUUGAAUUUGCAAUUGCUGGUAAAGCGCCACUUCGACUUCAUGUGGCAGUCCGGCUACGCCGACCACUCCCGACCCACUUACAACUCGCUCCGGGGUCUCUUGGCCGCAGUCGAGGACGGAGUGGAGGCGGAACUCGAGCCGGAUGAGGAGCAGGCUUAUAUGGUCGGAGCUACGGCGCUGGAUUGCUCGAUUAUGUUGACGUUUCAGGAAAUCGAAAUCAAAUGCGAAACCGAUUGCCCGGCUGACCAGAGCUGGGAUGCGGCACUGCAGCCUUGGUGCGUCUCCCUGCUGGGUCAUCACUUUCUAACCAAGCUCUGCGUCCUGGAUUUGGAUCCCAAGCCCGACAGUCACUUUCAUAAAUUCAUAGCGCAGACACGUGAAAUUGAAAAGUGCCGUCGAGCAUUAAAUUAAUUAAUAAACUUUACACCCAACUAAAAGCAGCACGCGUCGACUGUGUAGCUCAGAAAACUGUGCUACAGUUUCCUCU